CUCCCCCCCCAGUCACCUGCGCCACUACCCCCCCACCCCGCCUUAAAACCAUAAGCUCCACCGCAACAAAGCUCCCAGCUCUACCUCAGUAGCUCCUUCCUUCCGCCUUAUCAGCCACCUCGCCCCCUCGUAGCAUCAUACCGAACUCCCCUCAGUAAUCGGACUCGCCGAAUCACUCCACUCUCCAUCAAAAUCCCAUCACUCCAUCAUCGUCAUCACCAUGUUCGAUCUGUUCGCUAAGCUCCUCUGUUCCGUCGCGACCUUUGCAUUCCCCAUCUUUGCGUCCUACAAAGCCCUCAAAGCGAACGACCCGGCCCAGCUGACGCCAUGGCUGAUGUACUGGGUGGUGCUCGCCUGCGUUCUCUGCGUUGAGUCGUGGGUAGGCUGGGCCAUCUCUUGGUUUCCCUUCUACCAAGACGUCCGCGCCUGCUUCAUGCUUUGGCUCGUCCUGCCGCAGACCCAGGGCGCGACUAAGCUCUACUUCGAAUACGUGCACCCGACCCUGACCAAGCACGAAGGCGAUAUCGAAGAGUUCAUCUCGCGCGUGCACGACCAAGCGAAGGCCGUCGGCGCCGAAUACAUCCAGCGGAUGAUCGAAGUCGCGAAGCAGGUCAUCUUCGGUGGGCUCCCCCACGCCGAGGCGAUGGACCAGCGCCCAUCCACCCCGAUGCCGCACGACGCGGCCGGCUACGCUCAGGCCCUCUUCUCCCGCUGGCGCGUGCCGCCCCUUACCCCCUACGCCCCGCAGAUGGCCACGGACUUCUACGCGUUCCUCUCUACUGCGCUGCAGCAGGCGCCCGGUACCUCGGGCCCCGGCGGCAGACCGGGCAAUGGCAAUUUGAUCCCGCCGCAUGUCAAGGGCACCGCUGAGAAGGCGCGGUUCAUCGAGCUGCAGAGGCAGCGCCUCAAGACGGUGAUGGCCGCGCUGGAGAGCGAGAUGGAUACCCUGCAGGCCUCGCAGACGAGUGCCGCCGGAGGCGUUGACACUGCUGCUGCCAGUGCUGACGGUGGCUUGCACAAGAGCUACAGCAUGGGACAUCUUUCCGCCUACGAGGGAGACUUCGAUCAUGUCGACAGGGAGGACGCCGCGGUCCCGCCUAUCAAUCCCGCUGGCGGUUGGUUGUUUGGUUGGGGCACGAAGCCUCAAGAUCAGGAGCAACAGGAGAAGGCGCACUCCGAGUAGAGCUUCGGAAGUGAUGCCUCGUCUGAGGAGCGUGAUGGGGUCGCAGUCGGGGUUGGGAUUUCAUGAUAACAGUGGCAGUGCUAGUGAACUU